AAAAAAAACGUAGAAACAACUCAAGUUUCAUAAUACACGUCUAAGAACAAAACCGACUUUUGGGAUUUUUCCAGUCAUAAACCUUGGCCUCUAUCAGUCGAUGAUAAACAUGAGGGCUCUUGUGCUCCUUGGUCUCUUCGUGCUCUCUGUGAAUCAGAUCCCUGGUUCAUCCAGCACCCCUGGUUCAUCCAGCACCCCUCCAUUGGGGACCUUUGUAGCUGGGUGUCAUGAACGCAAUUUCUGGCUGUCCAUCAAGUCCAGCUUCCUAGGGCACAUGGUGCGCUUUGAUAUUGAAGAUGGCACUGGCAUACACUUCCUAUCUAGACAGCGAGCUACUGAAUGUGGCUACACCAUUCUGUUCGAUCACCAUGGAAACCUGGUGUUCCGUGCGUCAUACCUGGCCUGCUAUGUGGACAAUAAGGCGGACUCUGAGUUCCGGCUGCAGGUGUGGUUUGUGAACGGGAAGGCAGGUGGGGGGGUGAGAGCCUACCCUUUACUCCUGCACUGCCUCCUGCCUCAGUCCUGGAGCCCACGAGAAGUCAUCUGUGAGGCAAACUACAUGGAGGUUUCCAUCAAGCCACAGAUCCCAGUUCCUCAAAACUAUAGCAUGAAGUGGAUGGAUACUCCCCCUAUGUCAUCUGAGGAGAAGGAGCAGCUGAAACAAGAAGGCAUGGUGGUGUUCUACAGGCUUGGAGUUGUCCAGGGACAACCCUGGUCUGUGGGGGAGGUCCUGUCAUUAGGAUACAUCAUUAACGUCACAGACACCCGUGUUGUACUCCGCUGUGCUUACUCUUCUCCCCAGUCUUACAGACUCAUGGACAAGGGAGUGUUGGUGGAGGCAGUCAGUGCUGUCAUUCUGGUCCAGAGGCAAGGGCUUCUCACAGCGAUUGAUGUCUCAGGAGCAUGCAUAAUGAAUGAUGCUGUGGUGGAAGGGGAACAUCUGGUGUGGUCGUCUCCCCUAAUUCUCAGCCUACUGGUGCACGGAGCAUUUAAUCACAACAGCAUGAGGCUUGGGGUUGACGGGCAAGCCCUGAGUGAGUGUGCGGUCCGUGAGCGUGGCUACAAGGUCACUACAAAUGACAGAGUGCUGCAGGUCAGGAUUCCAUUUGGUGCAGAGGGAACACACACUCGGGGUGCUGGAGUGAAUGGACAGCUCUCCAAGGCUGUUUCUCUGGACCUUUUUUUCAUGCUUGAGUGGCAGGAUGACCUUUGGCCUCUUACUCAACACCGCACAUUCAGACAUCUCCUCUCCCCCUACCUACCCCACACACCAAUACUCAUCAACGACACCGUGUGCUCUGAGAAGACGUUUUCCAUCACUGUGGGUGUGUUCCCAUGGGAGAUGUCCCUUAAGAAGUUGUCCAUAGGAGGAGAACCUGUGGCAUGGCCAGACGCACAAAAACAGGCCCUCCAUGUCUGUCAGGUCCACUUAAAGAAUGGGAGCUACAUUUAUCAAUUAAGAGUGCCUUUCUCAAACCCUUCUAUAUCCCAGAAGCGCAUGAGAGGAGGGUACAGGAGGCUGAGCCUGGCGUUCGUCCUCACCCUCAGUCUCUCGCCCAGCGCUGAGGAGUUCAACUACAGCGCCACCGUAGUCUGUGACGUGAAGGAGGCAGCAGACACAGGUCCGUGGCUGGAGGGGGGGUGCACUGAGAGCGGGGUGCAGGUCCUGCUUCACUAUGGCACCAGGGGGCGGCCGUGGGAGUUGUAUGUGGGGGACCGGCAGCUGGACUGGGAGCUGGUGGAGCUGGGAGACUUCCGGCUGGAGCUGGAGGAGGAUUACCUCGGUGUUGAGCUUCCUCUCUAUGCCCCCGGGAUGACCUAUGAGAACCUGACACUUCAGGGUGUAGUUGCAAAGGUAGACAUGAGUGUAGUUGAACUGGAUGCAGUCCAGGUGCAGCACAACAUAACGCAGCGUUGCAGCUUCCCUGUCCGAGAUCUUCAGGUGUGUCUUCCCGAGGGGAGAAUGGUGGUUGUCGUGGAUACGUCCCGCACCCUUCCCCUUACCCCACCGAACAGCGUCACCCUAAUGGAUCCAUCCUGUGGACCCAAUCAAACAGACAGCACCAGGGCUCUGUUCAACUUCACCCUCGAUUCAUGUGGUACCACUCAGACUGUGGAUGGAGAUUACCUGGUGUAUGAGAACCAAGUGGUGUACCCCCACGAUCUCCAACCCACGGCUGAGCCCGUCAUUCACAGAUACUCCCCCUACAGGCUGACCGUUCAAUGCCGCUUCCCAGCAAAUCAAACUUUCCGAGUCUCUUUCCGGCAUCCAACAGACACCUCAGUUUCCCUGCCACUGCCACGCAAGAGAGGACGCAGAUCCAAGCGUAGGUUUCCGCGGCGACCCUUUGUUAGAGGUCCCAGGAAUGAUAAACACACAUUGCUCCUCGAAUAUUUCGCUAUCCUUUUAUUGCUAAGCAAAUAUAUUGAAGCAAACCAAAAGCAGGUCCCUCUUAAGGUGACCGCAGAAUGCAAGGAGGCAAGUAUGUUAUUCUCCAUGGAACAUUCGGGAAUGGACGUCCAGUGGGAGAUUGGCAGCCUUCCCCUGACGCAGCGAAUGGCCAUGAUUCGCGGUUACAUCAUGCGAAACACCGCUAAGCACAUGACCCUGGAGGUCCCGUUAUUUUCUGUUGGUUACAGAUACGAGGACAUCAACCUCAAGCACUUCUAUGCGAGUUUUGAAGUAAUCUUCAGAGACACUGAGACCCUGAAUAUUUCAGUGACUAAAGUUCAGCGAUGUCUCUUCAAAACCCAUGAACUCAUAGUGUGUGGCCCUGAGGGAGUGGUCAGUGUAGUGACGAGCACAGCCAUGGUCCGACCUCGGAUGCACCCCAACAGGACCUCCCUCCUGGAUAGCAGGUGUCGACCAGAGGAGACGGACAACAAUCGGAUGCUCUUCGUCUUCACAGUGGACACCUGUGGGACUAAGAGCAGGAUUGAUGCAAACUAUGUGACCUAUGAGAAUGAGGUUGUUUUACUGCGAGAGCUUUUCCCAGCGAGACAACCCAUCAUCACCAGAGACUCUGCCUUCAGGCUGACUGUUCGUUGCCAUUACCGUGCUACCCCCAUCUCCAUUCUUCCUGUGGACAGCAUACCGCGCAACAGCCUUCUGACACCUGGCAGGGGCUCCAUCGUUGAGAUGCGGCAAGACAAGACUAGAAUACGAAGCAGGUUUAAGGCUGUUGGCAGUGAUUUCAUUGGCAUUGUGAGGGCCAAGGCUGCAGUCCCACAGGCACAGCAGCUCAUGCAGGAUGAUGUCGCCGCAGAACCCAAAGGUGCUUCUAUGUGCCGGCCCUUGUGAUCGUCUCUGCGCUGGGCAUAUAACUUGCUGCCGCAAAGACAAUGUUCUGUUUGAAAUAAACAAAUUCAAUCAACAA